AGCUGAAAGAUAUAUCAACAUUGAACAAUCUUGGUAUUUAGGGUGAGGCAGAAGACGUAAUGUUUCCGAACAAAUUGAACAGCAAGGGUGGUCCGUCCACAGACAAUACAGGGGCGAAGGCACCUAAAGCCAUUGGGCCAAGCACGAUAUCAUGCCCAGAUCACCUUAAGAUAGCUGAUCUCACGGUGGCCAAAAGCCUAGGCCCAGCGAAGAAAUGCGCUGUCAAAAUUGUAGGUCGUAAAAUGUGUCGGGAAAAGGGUGAACGGGUCCACAUAUGCACCCGCUGUGAUUUCCCAAUAGCAAUAUAUGGACGUCUGAGCCCUUGCCAGCAUGCUUUCUGUCUGGAUUGUGCAAAGACUGAUCCGACUUGCUAUAUUUGUAAGGAACGCAUUGAGAAGAUCCACCCUAUUAAGUUGCUUGAAGGGAUCUGGAUAUGUUCUGCUCCACAAUGUCUCAUGUCUUAUCUUAAGAAAGAUGAAUUCGAAGAUCAUGUUCUUAAGAACCAUGGGGACAUUCUUACUCCUUGCCCGAGGAAAGGAGAAGAAAACGAAUCAGAGGCUGCAAUAAGUGCUGGAAAACCAACUAUAGAGUCUACUGUUCAAGUGCCAGCAAAGUCCGCUCUAUCUCUUAGCUCAAGCUCUCUGCAGAGGGAUCAAGAUGGAGGUAAGCAGCCAAAGCUUGAACCAACAAUUUUGGGACCGACUCCAAAUGUUGCAGCAGAUACUGUACUUGGCAACAGCAAUCCUCAAGGCUUUAAUAGGGUUGAUGCUCCUAACCCGCCAUUCACAUCGCAGCUUAGUGGCCCUUCCAUCACUGCUGGUGGACGUCGCGAUGCACAGGCCCCAGGGGGGAAACCUGAGCAUCGAAACAACUCCUGAGGUGCUCAAGAGCAUUAAAUCUGCUAUCAUUCUAAUCUAUUUUAUGCUCUCUUUUAAAAGAUUCCUGUGUUUGUUCAAGCAUCACAUUUGCUUACUGCCAGAAUUAAGUAUUUUCGGUCUGUGCUUGA